UCAUUGAACCAAAAGAAAUAAUGGAACGUCACACCACGCAGCAACCUGCAACCAGCAAUGAAAUUCUAAACAGUACGAUGGAAACUGUAGCUGAUGAGCCACAACUCACCGAUGGAUCAUCAGAAAAUGCAACUGUCAGUCCAAUUACGCCGGACAUUUCAAUCGAAACUCUCGACACUACAACUGUAUCGGUUAGUAACGAGCACCACUCUACUACUAGAUCACCAGAAGAAGCGACAAUGAAUCCUUCUACGCAGCAAACUGCAAUCGAGGUGGAAACAUUCGACACUAUUGGUGCAACUGUUAGCAUCAAGUUUUCUACUAUCACCGAAGAUACUACUACGAGUCUAAAUACGCAAUACACGUCAAUUGGAGAAGGAAUUCAGGACUCUACAGGCGUAACGAUUAAUGAGGAACUAAUAUCAACUACUGGAACUGGACCUACAGAAGGAACGAGCUCAAGUCCCACUACAUUCGGGAGUGAAAACCCUGACACUACAGUCGUAACUAUCGAAGAUGUUACUCUAACAUCAGCAAUGCAAGGAGAAGUAACAAAUGAAAAUCAAACUUUGCAUAACACUACCUACUUUGAUGAAAAUCAAGCCACUACAGUGACUGCAGGCGAAUUUGAACUUACUUCUGAUAUACCAGAAGAAACUAUUGAAAGCUCUUUGGUCAUGAAUAGUACCGGCGCGGAAGAAAGCCAGUUGCCAAUUACAAUGGCUGAUUGGGUAGAAUCUACCACUAAAUCAAUAGAACUUGUGACUUUCAACGAUAACAUCGAGCAUGAGAACUUCGUAACAGAACCAGUAAUAGCAACUGAAUCCAGUGUUGAAUCGCAGACUGCGUAUACCACAUCGACGCACAAAGAUUAUACCGACCCCCUUCAAGAAACCACUGCUACACGAACAACAGCUGCAGAGGCCAAAUCUGUCUCUGAUAUAUUGAUAUCACCAGCAGAAACUUUUGUCGAAUCUGACCAUAAAGAAGAGGCAAAUGACCUUCUUACUACUCUGAAAGGCCAAAGUGGUGACAAUUCACUCACUACUCAACCUAUGAAAUCUACAUCGAUGACAACUGCCAAACCUCCAUUGUCGAUUCCUUCUGUGGCGCUGGUGUCUUCAUCACCUUCCGUAACUACAUUUCGACCAACUGCGUCUUCGGAGUCACGAAUACGUCCAACUUUGAAACCCAUGCCAACUCCUGCGCCGAAAAAGCCUGAUUCUGUAACUACUGAAACCGAGCCAAGAAUCGUCCACCAUCCUCUAUUGGUCGCAACGCAGGAGCGAAUAUUGAAUGCUGAGUUUCGACCAGAGACCUGCGAUUUCGGCACCAACGAGGACGUAGUUCUAUGCCGCUGGAUGAACGUGAACUUUACGACUCUGAAGUGGCGCGCGUCGCGGGGGGAGAAUGCGUUCUGGUUAGGAGGCCCACCUCAGGAUGUCACCUACGGAGACAAGUUUGGAGGCUACGCUCUCUUCGAAACUUCAGAAGAAGCGGACUCGACUCGAGGCCCAGUACCGUUCGAGUCAGCGAUGCUCAUCUCGCCCCUCCAAGGUGUAACUCGAGCUGAAGGAGUGUGUGUCAAGUAUUGGUAUGCUAUCGAUGGGCUGAGCGCGGACCGAGUUCGGGUUCUACUUCACCCGAUGCCAAAUGCCAAGUUUGUGCGACCGCACACUGGCACCACCAACGUCAACCCUGACCUGGCCACAAACCCGAGCACAAACCCGAGCACCGGCACGAACACAAACACUAACAUUCCAACUGGAACACAACAGCAAUGCGUUAACCCACAGAACCCGAACAACUUUUUCUCAAUGCUUGACAUGCUGCGUGACUACGAUGGUAGCGGCGACGUGGUGCUGUGGGAAGCAAGAGAUGUCACGCAGGGGCAGUGGAAAGAAGGACAGCUUGUGUACACUUACAACCUUCCUCAUGCCAUCAUAGUGGAAGGCAUCCCUGUCCCCAACGGAGAUCUCAACCGACGCUUCCGUGGAUACAUCGCCAUCGAUGAUCUGAACUUCGCCCUGCCCAGCGAGUGCGGGGCGUUCUGUACCUUUGAAGCUGGCACUUGUGGCUGGGUUCAAGAUAAAGAAACUGAUGACUUCGACUGGUCUCAGAGUCGCGGCAGCAUGAGCCAGGCCACGGGUCCCCCUAGGGACAGGUCGGCGUCUGAGAACGGCGGCAUGACGGGCGGUUUUGCCGUCAUCGACUCCAGCUACCCGCGCCGACCGGGUGACCGCGCGCGCCUCAUGACGGAGGAGUUCCAAGCGACUGACCCGAACAGCCCGCUGUGCAUGCGCUUCUGGACACACAUGCAUGGGGUGGGCAUUGGGACGCUGCGUGUACUCAUCAUCAACACUCAGGACCGCAAAGCCCGCACAAUUUGGCAAAUUUCCGGGGAGGCUGGCAAAAUCUGGUAUCAAGGACAAGUUCCCAUUGCAUCUGCAACCCCGUUCAAGAUCGCAUUCGAAGCUGAAGUUGGGCUGAGCGAUCUCGGUGACAUCGCCCUGGAUGACAUCUCCAUCAUCCAAGGACCGUGCCCCAGUGCACCACAGAUAGCUGGAAAUAACCUGGGCGACUGUACAUUUGAAGUGGAUGAGUGUGGAUGGAUUAACCCUGGUGUCAGAGAUCGUCUGGAUGAGAUCGACUGGGUCCGCACCAUUGCAUCCGAAAACCGGGAGCCCAAAACAGAUCACACCAUCGGCACGCCCCAAGGAUUCUUCAUGAUUGUCCCCAAAACUUCCUCGCUGAGGGGAGGUGACCGCGCUUGGCUGCGUUCCCUUACAAUGAACGGCUCCACCAUCGCCUCCUGCAUCUCGUUCUGGUACUACAUCUCUGACCCCACGAACGAACCAUCAGCACCGUCUCUUGGUUCACUCUCUGUCUUCGUGUGGAGCGAAGACCCAAAAACAGGAAACGUAAUAUUCCAGUCCGUGUGGUCUUUGAUGAACCACCAAGGCCCCAACUGGCUCUAUGCCCAAGCUAGGGUGCUGAGCGAGACCAGCUACGCCAUCAUCUUCGAAGGGGCGUGGGGAAACUCCAGGGGCAACGGAUUCAUCGGCAUUGACGACAUCACAAUCUACUCGGGUGAUUGUUCAACCUUACCGCCCAAAGCAACGGUUAUGGUCGGCGACUGCGACUUCCAACGCGACUCAUGCCGCUGGGUCAACACGACUACUGACCCCGACUUUAGGUGGUCCUAUGCAUCCAUCGCCCGCCGCCCCACUUCUAUACUCGACCACACCUUCGGGGGACCUCUUGGCUACGUUUUCUUCGACGUGUUCAACCAGAACGCAAACCCACAAUCGCUGCGUCUAACGUCGCCGGUGCUGCGCGGACAGACUGUUUGCUUCAGCUUCUGGUACGCGGCUUUUGGCUCGGGCUCCACCACUUCACUCAAGGUGCUCCAAGUCCUGCCUGACUCCACCGACUCCAUCACAGGAGAAACGUUAUGGAAAUUGGAGGUUUUGGCGGGCCUUCAAGCUCGUCCGGAGUGGAAAUUUGCGCAAGUUCCAAUCCCGGCAUCAAACGACUUCCGAAUUACGUUCGAAGGGAUGGCCAGCAACGGGGGCUUUGCCAUCGACGACAUAAAAAUUUAUAAGGACACCUGCCUGAUUCGCCCACGAGAAGCCAACCCUCUGUACAAGCCUGGAGAUGAGAACCAUAUUCCCGGAACGAGGAAUGCAGAUGUGCCUACGUAAAUCUACACCUUGCAUGGUUAACAAUACAUUCCUAAGCAACGAUAAAAUUAUCUUAAUGUCCCACAUACCUUCUUUGCACUUGCUCAUAAGCGUAGCAAUUUGUUCGGAACGACGUUGGUCCGAAUUUUGAGUGUGUAGAUUAUUUCCUUCAGCUUACCUCGAACCGUAAUAUGCCAUCAUUUGAGAAUAAAAACGCAGAGAAAAAUUACUAUAAAAUAUGAUCGUAAUGUGGUAGAAUUAUUAAUGGCAUGUAACACAUAUGAAUUGGUCGGUGAGUAGCUCAUAUAUGUGAAUUGAGUCUUGAAUGGUGAGAGUAAUGCAUCGCAACGCUGAAUCCGAUUUAGAGAAAUUCAAAAGGCAUCAGUAGAUAUUUGUAACCUCUAUCGCUGCUUUCUGCAAUCUUUAUUUCAAAUCCAUCAUCUCCGUCUUGCUUCUGGACUAAAUACACUUAUAAGCUUUAAAAGUUAGUGAGUGAUAUGUGAAAAUUGCCAUGAAUUUCUAGCAUUGAUUUAUCAUUUCAACGAGGGCAUUUGUAUCCUUAUUAGGAAAUUGAUGGUGAAUCGCUUAUUGUUAUAAAUUUUAGUCGAAUUUUUGUGUAACAAGAUCGACGCUGUUGUUCAAAGAUUCAAUUUUAAUCUGUUCAGCGCUGAUCGUCGUGCAAUAGUUUUUAAAUGGAAUGACGUGCUAUUGCGUGUCAUUCGCCAAGACUUUUCUGACAUUGAAAACAAAUUUGGUAGUUUUAUUACAGAAUUCUGUUGGAAUAUCAUGAAGUUUUGUAUAUAAUACUGUGAAAAGAAUUCAUUCUGAAUGUUUAAUUUAUUCCACUAGCUUUUACCCACAAGUUUUUUUUAGAAUUAAGAUUAAAUUACUUACGGACAAAUGCUAGAAUACGAAAAAAUUUGUUUCCGGUUGCGAUUCCACUCACCCGUACAAUGCUUAUAGUAUGUUGCUCACAAUCUAAAUAAUUUUCAUUGAACUUAUUACCUAUUUCGAUCAAUUGUAAAGCAAAAAUGGUUCUAUUU